AUGGGCCCUGCCCAAGCAGGACCGUUAGCUGGAUCGGAAGAUGCUGUGACGAUCACCUACCAACGACGCAAGCUGUAUACCAAAUUGGCAAGCGACCCCGUCGCGAAAACCCUGGAGAUCAAGUUGCUUGGACAGCUAGGGGGACCGGUGUCACCCCUAUCGCGCCUCCGGACGGUCAUCGAGGUGGCCACUUCGCUGAGAACUCUCGUCUGCGAGGCAAACAUGGCUGCCGGAAUGUUCGAGCCAAACACUUUGUUCGACCUAGGUUUUAACAGCAUCAAGAGCAUGUUGGAGAAGUUGCACAAGCAAUUGGCUAUUCUGGUUGGGACCACCACCAGAUACAACGACGUAUUACCAGCGCAACCAAUACCGACGCUGUCUCGCGACAGCCAGAUGACACUCCAAGACCUCUAA